GACGCGUAGAGUGACACUGAAUGACUGAACCUUGCAGUGUCGUUGUUUAUCAUAUUUUUCAUAUUUUUAUAAGAAGUCUAAUGGGCCUGUCGUGUUUAUAGUUUGAUAAAUCAGACCCUGGACUAAAUCUGCCCGUCACGUGUCUUUAUAUAUUUCAUAAUGAUCUUUUGGGAGACCUUCUACCUCGUAUUAUUGUGCAGCAUGUCAUGUGCAGCAGCAGAUGAUGAGAUGGUGUUUAUUCCUGGUGGAAAAAUGACGAUGGGAACCAGUGCUGCCGAUGGAAGAGAUGGGGAAUCGCCAACACGAGCUGUGACUCUCCAGCCGUUUCAGAUGGACAAAUAUCCUGUCACUAACUCUGACUUCAGGGAAUUUGUCCGACUGCAGAAAUACAAAACUGAGGCUGAAACGUUCGGUUGGAGUUUUGUUUUCCAGGAUUUUGUCUCAGAUGAACUGAAAAGUAAGGUCACUCAGACAAUUGAGUCUGCGCCUUGGUGGUUACCAGUCGAGAAAGUGUUCUGGAGACAGCCAGCAGGACCAGGCUCUGGUAUCAAGGACAGACUGGAAUCCCCUGUGGUGCAGGUCAGCUGGAAUGAUGCCCAAGCCUACUGUCAGUGGAAGAAGAAAAGGCUGCCAACUGAGGAAGAGUGGGAAAUGGCUGCUCGUGGGGGUUUAGAAGGCAGGACAUACCCAUGGGGCAACAAGUUUUUGCCGAACCGGACUAACCUCUGGCAGGGCCUUUUUCCAGAUGGGGACACCAGAGAAGAUGGCUAUCAUGGCGUAGCUCCUGUAACUGCCUAUCCUCCACAGAAUAACUAUGGACUAUAUGACAUGCUGGGUAAUGUCUGGGAGUGGACCUCCUCAAAUUUUCCUGGUGCUCAAACCAUGUACGUCCUGCGUGGAGCAUCCUGGAUUGACACUGCCGAUGGCUCAGCCAAUCACAGAGCUCGUGUCACCACUAGGAUGGGAAACACACCAGAUUCAGCCUCUGAUAACCUGGGCUUCCGCUGUGCUAUGAGCUCAAAUGCAAAACAGAAAAGGACUGAGCUUUAAGAGCCAAAUAUUCAAGAAUUGUUGAUGCCAGUGGUGCAUUAUGGGAUUUAUACGACAUUUCUCCUGUGGAGACAUAAACUUCUGGAAUUCAGUGUUAUAUCUGCUUUUUUCCACUGUGAAAUUAAAAUCAUAACCUAUCUUA